CCACCGUUGCCUUGCCCCACACGAGGCGGCACUCGGUUUUCGCGCUGCAUAGCAUCGAUUCGGUCGUCUCGCUCCUCCAGAGGUAGUUGCACGGCUGUAUGCGCAAGGCCACACAACACGACGAGACGAGCACAGAAACGCAACGCAACAAUGGCGCAAAGCAGCGUUCCCUACCGCGAAUACCGAGGGACCAUCGACGACGUCGCCCCGGACGAAUUCGGUCCUCCUCCCACCGCCGGGACCGCGAUCGGAUCCCCCUAUGGCGACGGCGACGGCGACGGCGGUGGCGUCGGAAAACAGGGCGCCGCGAAAAGCCUCCCAAAGAGAAUCUUUGCCUUUCUUACCAGGGGCGGAACGGGAUUCGACGCCUUUUUGCUGGCGGCGAGCCAGGAGGUCGGGCAGGUGAUCCUGACGCUCCCGUGGGUGUUUUCUCUGGUCGGGAUGAAAUCGGGAAUCCUUCUGCAGGUGGUCUUUGCCACCACAGCCCUGUACACGAACUACCUGCUCGUCAACCUGCACACCGAGUUCCGCAAGCGCCUGGCCGAGGACCGGUCCGAUCCCCGGUCGGGGGACCCCCACUACGUCGUGAGCUACCACGACAUCAUGGGCGGGCUGGUCGGGCCGUUCUGCGGCCGCUUCGCCUUUGGGGUCGUCUUUUUGUCCCUCUUUGGGCUGUCCACCGUCCAGAUCAUCGCGACCGGAUCGAACAUGUACCUCUUGGACGGCUCGCUGCCGAAGAGGACCUGGUCGCUCAUCGCCGGAGGUGUCUUUUCCCUGCUGGCCUUUGUCCCCAAUUUCCGGCACUACCGGCUGCUGGUGGUCCUCGCGAACACCGCGACGACGUAUACGUCGUGGUACAUGACCAUCACGUCGCUGAAGGAGGGGCCGGUGGAAGACGUCGUCUACGAUGCCCCGCGGGAUGCCUCCGAUUGGUAAGCGAGCGACGUGCUGCUGCUUUCGAUGGCGGGUUGUCUCGCGUUUUCGGUUGGUCUGGUCCGCUCUGUGGGAUGCACAACUCGACGACGAAUCCCUGCGCAUCCGUGUGUUGAAAUUGUUUCUCUUCGGUUCAGGAUGAACGCAGCGUGGUUUGUGUGGUUUGCUUCCUUUCUCUGGCGUGGUUUGUUCUAACGGUUGCUUUGUUUCGUUCCGCUCGCGACGCACCCACGGAACAUUUUGAAAUACGUAUCGCGGCGGACGGACAGGUUUCGUGGCAUGGUUGGAUUGCUGUUUUGUUUCGGCGGGCACGCCUCCAACAUCGAGGUUGCGGACGUCAUGGACGACCAUUCCACGUACGAUAGGGCCUAUUUCUACUCGUUUCUAUACGUGUUUACGCUGACCAUGCCCAACGCGGUUUCGGUGCGUUGAAUGUUUGCAUUUGUUGUCGGGGAAGACGAAAAGGAACGAACGAACGACCGAACGACCGAACGAACAGGCGACAAUCGACAAUCGACGAUCGAUCGAAACGCAGAGGCCCACGAUGGGCUCGUCGUUUGGUUCUCGGAUGGUCCGCCAAGAGCAAACGGUGUGCCUAAGAGUCACACCCCCAAUCCCAACGAACCAUUCUCUCACACACCCCAACUGCUGCUUUCUUUUGUUCCUGUCGUUGGUACCUCUGGACAGGCAUAUUAUUCGUAUGGUUCGAUUGCCCGCCUCAACCAAAACGCCUUUGGUUUGUACGAACAAAGCACCGCAAGAGAUUUCGGGAUCAUAAUGAUGAACAUCAACAAUCUGGUGGCCUUUGGAUUGUUUCUAGGCCCCCUGUAAGUACGAAACGCGAUUGCUAGCGGUUUGUCUUGUGCGAUGGGGUCCCUUGUUAUGGCACGAUGCGUGCGAUGCAUACCGCAGUCUCGCUCACUGGCGUGUUGCAUUGGUCCGCUGCCAUGUUGGUGGUAUUUCGGCUUUUAUUGAUUUGUGUUUCAACUAUGCCAGGUUUCACAUCUGGGAGCGCUUCUUGCACAUUCACCAGAAACCCUUUUGGAUCCGUGCACUGGCCCGCUUGCCGCUGUGCGGUGUGAUCGUGCUGUUCGCGAUUGCCUUUCCGUUCUACGGUGCCAUCAAUACCGUGCUGGGUGCUUUUGUAAGUCGAACAUAGUGAAUGGCAUGGCGCGGCGCGGUGUGGUUUGGUUUGGUUUGAUUUGGCUUGGUUCGUUUCCUCACACAAAUGUUUUCUACUAUGAUCCAUGAAUCGAAUCGAACAUCGAACGGAUCGAACCCGAUCCUCGGCGUUUUGUCGGCAACGACCGUGCCAGACGACUUCCUUUGCAACGUACAUUCUUCCGAUGGUCGCCUUCAACAGUGUCUUCCGAACGAGCGACGACCUGGUGGGCAUGGCCAAGCCGCUCCCGGGGUUUGCCCGGUCCAACUUUGCGCUCCUCCGAAAGGCAAACUACGUGGCCAUUGGUCUUCUGACGGUCUGUGGGGUGGGGCUGGGGGUAAGUCCCGGGCAGGCAAUGAAUCAAUCGAUGCUCCGAACUCGCUGCGGUUUGCGGUCGCCGUCUCACGCGCAUGCGCCCAAUGUUUCUCUCUGCUUGUUUGCUUGUUUUGUUUGCCACCGUUCUCCGAACAGGGAUGGUCCUCGGUGACCAACUUUGUGGCCCAAAUCCACAAGUUCGAAUACUUUGCGGAGUGCUACGGCUGCUGAAUGGAACAGCGGGACGAUCCGGACUCCCAAACCGUGCUCGGUGCGAUGCAAAGCAAAGCGCGAAUCCGCAAAGGAAAGAAAGAACAAAACAGCCAGCGAGCAGCAGCUUCUCGUUCUUUGUGGUAGAGUUCUUGUUAUGAAAAGAGUGUCAAGGUUCUAUCCAAACAUUACUAGUAGGACAGUCUUUGUGAGUGCUACUAGUAGUACUACUACCACUGCUGCAAUACUUUACUUUUUCAUAGAC